AUGAAGAAAAACACGUUCACAUGCUCUUGCAAAAUACCUUGGAUCGGAGACAGAUGUGAAAUUAUGCUUCCCGCAACCAAUGGAUAUGAGUUUUCAGGCAAUUGUCCCGAAGGUUCCGGAGCCGUUUUUGAAAGCUCAUGUUUUUUCAUAAUCGAUAUUCCAACUGCUUCUUGGAACUAUGCUCGUUGGACUUGCGAAAAUUAUGGAGCAGACCUGGCCGUCAUAAAAUCCGUGAACGAGAAUAACAUCAUCCUAAACCUGGUAACGAAUCAGCCAACAGUACAAGCGUUAGGCGUGUGGAUUGGACUGCAACGAAAUUUUUUUCAAGACUACGCGUUCUACUGGGUCGAUGAUACUCCGCUGGAAUACUCUGCAUGGGCCGAGUCACAGCCGAGCAGUACCCGAGAAGAGUGCGUUCACACCGUCACUGAAGGGCAGGAAAAUGGAAAGUGGAAUGACAAUUAUUGUGAUCAUCUCAUGAAUGCCUCAAGCUGCCAUCUUGGAAAAGAUCCUCAGCAAAGCCUGCGAAUCUCAACUUCCCUGCUUUUGCGUUCGACGUGA